AUGGCGAUGCAGGCUCGCAAGAGGCCGAGGAACGAGUCCGAGGACCUCCGGGCCGAGUGUCCGUUCACCGUUCGGAUCGUCGACCCCAACCAGAAAGAUGCCGGCAAAAAGAAGAAGCGUAGGCGCACCGAAGGCUCCGAGGAGGGAGAGAAAGUCUUGCUCCAGAUGUCACCCUUUGCCCCAACUGGCAAGUUCAAGACCCACGAAACAAUGGACCUGCACUACCAGAUUGAACCGGCUAAGCAGUGGUCCGAGAUGACGCGGUAUAACAGCUUUGUCCUCAAUGGGGUUAAGUACUACAGUGAAGGCUUUGUCUAUGUCGCCAACGAAGCGAGUCUUGAGCGGGGGAAAGCCGCUGCCAACGACCCACAAGCACAGACAAGUCCUUCCGAUGAAGGAUGGGUCGCCCGAAUCCUCGAAAUCCGCGCCAGCGAUGAACACCACGUCUACGCCAGAGUUUACUGGAUGUACUGGCCUGAUGAGCUGCCAGCUGGCACAAUAGAUGGCAAGAAAGUUGUCCAGGGUCGCCAGCCAUACCAUGGGUACCACGAGCUCGUGGCUUCCAAUCACAUGGACAUCAUCAAUGUUGUUAGUGUCACCCGUCAGGCGAUCGUAAAGCAGUGGUUUGAGGAGAACGAAGACGAGAUCCAAAACGAUCUCUACUGGAGGCAAGCCUUUGAUGUCCGGACGUACGAGCUCUCUUCUGUCGAGCUCGUGUGCAGUUGCAACACCCCGGCGAAUCCUGAUAGGCUUCUCGUCGGAUGCUCAUCCGAGUCAUGUAAGAAAUGGCUACAUCAGGAGUGCAUCCUAGAAAAUGCUUUGCGGCAAACCUGGAACCGCCUGGGCGCCGACAGACCCCACAUUCCCAUCAAAAAGGAAGAAGAAGAUGAUGCCAACGAGUCCAAGCGGCCGUUGAGCCCGACCGAGACCAGCGCCGAGGUGGCCAUGCAGCAGUCCAUCGACGUCAAGUCCGAGGGCGAACCGGACGCGGUCCACGUGAAGCAGGGCAACGGCGUUGAAAUCAAGCGCGGCGAGGAAGAUGUGCAGGCGGCGCCCGAGGACGCAGUUGCCUCGGAUGUACCGCUCAAGAGCGAGCCUGACACCUCAGCUAAUCCCUCCAGCUCUUCCGCCCCAGAAACCAAAGAAGAACCUUCCUCGGGCAGCACCCUUGUUAGCCGACCGAGCCGCGCUGGUAGUGUCAACCGCGGGAAACGGAAUGCUCGGCCACGCAAGAGCAAAGGCCAUGAUGCGAGCAGUGAGAGCGCGCGGCCGUGGGAGGGCAAGUUUGAGGCGACACUCAAGAUGCCAGAUAUCGGGGCGCCGCUCAUCGAAAUCCACGAUCUUCGUGAAGGUGUCAAGGGUGGGGAGAAGACGUGGACAGAACCCGAGGCAGAUAAGCGGCAGAGCAGGACACUGCGCAGGCGUUGGCGGAAGAUGGGGAUGAGGAGGUUUAGCAUCUUAAACGAGCAAGAGCUGGAAAGCCCCGGGGCAGGAGAUAAGAGGAAGGAAACCAUCGAAGAUCAAGAGCGCGGGGCAAAGGUUGAGGAGGAGCCGAAGGCCGAGAACCUGGACGAUAUCAAGUUUGAGUUCGAGUCCCGAACCGAGUCGCAGCCUCUAUCGUCUGAGGCCAGGGAUCAUGAUUAUGAUCCCAAAGCUUCCGGCUCUGGUCACCGCCCACCCCAAGCUCAAGCCGAGCCCCAACGUCCACUCCAACUCCUGCACCAGUCUCGUCUUCAAUCCCCCACCCAGCCCGACUCCCAGUCUGGAUCGAGCAACAUCACCUGGUAUGACGCACUCGGGUCGCAGAACGUGGAAGGCGACAUGAACGACGACCACGGCGAGGAUGGGGAAGAAGAGGAGCAACAAGAAGAAGCAAGGCUCGCCACGUCACCGGCGUCGUUUCCGGGAAAGAAAGAGGAGACAGAUGAUGGGAAUUAG